UGAAUAUAAACUAUAAUAAUAUUACAAUGAAAUGUAUAACUUUUUUCAGUGAAAUUAAUAGCGACUUGUGUGAUAAUUGUUGUGUGAAGCUUUGAUCUAUCUACAGACAUUAUAGUCGCGCAAUAAAUCUAUGCUUGUCGGCUCGCAACAAGUUUUGAGUGUAUUUGAAAAUAAAAGAAACCGUGAUGGUUUAUCAUUCAAAGAAGUCUUCUGCUGAAUGGUUCAUUGAUCAACUGAACGUGAGCAAUGCGAAGCUGUUGGCGUUUGUGUUAGUUUUAGGGUUUAUCGGCUACCACGGCAUUCUGCAUUUACGAUAUGGGCCGGACUCGUGCACCUGGUUGUUAUCCUCAGGCCGAUAUAAAGGAGACCAUGAAUGGCAGCCUUAUGGUUGCAUGCUACAUCGCUACUCAAAAAUAGAUGCAAGAAGAUGUCUCCGGUACUUGGCUUUUUGGGGGAAAUACAACAGCUUUGCAUUCAUUGGAGACUCCCGGAUAGCACAGCUGUAUGAACACUUCAUAGGUGUGUUAAAAACCCGUCUGGACCCAGACCCCUCAUACUCACUAGAGCACCAUACCCCGAACAAUACUUACACAGAUGAGAAGUUACGUCUGUCCGUACGUCUGGUGUGGAGUCAUGACGUAUCGAGGACUAUGGUUGAACAGUUUAGAGCUUGGGAGCGCGAAGACGAGCCCCCCUCAGUAAUAGUGGCCGGCACCGGCCUCCAACUCCUCCUGACUCGAAACGCCACAACUCUCGUCAUAGAGGAAUACAAAAGGAACCUUACGUUGUUGGUACAAGCUAUAGAUUCGCUUGCACACAAGAAUACUAAAGUCCUAUGGAAGCUGAUCGAGUCGGUUGAUAGUACGAAGCUGAAGAAUGAGUUUAAGAAGAUUAGUAAUAGUGAUAUUGAUGAGUAUAACAAAGCUGCUAUUGAGAUCCUCACCCACAGCGCCGCUCGUAUCUGGAGCUCCCCUCGCCUGGUCUCCCUGGGCGCGGGCUCCAACGACGGCUGGGCACUAAGUCCCCGCGCCUUGCGACACGACGCUCAGAUAUUAUUGAACAUGUUCUGUAACGACCAUAUGAACUUCAACGAUGGAUCCUGUUGCGCCAUGCCCGAGCCGCAUACUCAGCUUCAGUUACUGACUUUUGCUAUGUUUCUUGUGUGCGGCGUCCUAGCCGGCAUAAAAGCAACAUGGCGCUGGUCGCAAACCAUCCAGCAACGCCUCGGGGGCUACUCGCUCGUCUCCCCCCCUCCAACCACCCCCUCCCCCUUAGCCGCCCUGGCUAAACUGGGGAUGAUAAUGGCCUACUUCUAUCUCUGCGACCGAACGAAUUUCUUUAUGAAGGAAAAUAAAUAUUAUUCGGAAUGGAGCUUCUGGUUGCCCGUGGGAUAUGUUUUCGCGCUUGGAUUGUUUUUUACUGAUGAUUCUAUAUCUACCAGGGUCCUACAUAGAGAACAGACCAACGAGUGGAAAGGAUGGAUGCAACUAGUCAUCCUAGUAUACCAAGUGACAGGAGCCAGUAAAGUGCUCCCCAUUUACAUGCUGGUGCGGGCACUAGUUUCUGCAUACCUGUUUCUUACAGGCUACGGACAUUUCACAUACACUUGGAAAACAGGCGACUCGAGCCUCGUUAGAUACUUUCGCGUCAUCUUCAGGCUAAACUUCCUGACAGUAGUCCUUUGCCUGACAAUGAACAGACCGUAUCAAUUCUACAGCUUCAUACCGCUCGUCUCGUUUUGGUAUACUUUGAUGUUCGCGAUCUUCGCCCUCCCCCCCGACAUAGCCCCCUCCUCAACCCACACAGUGGAAACCAAACCCUACCAAUACCUCUACAUCGCGCUCAAGGUCAUCGGCCUACUGAGCAUAGUGACGGUUCUAUACAUGAGCGAAUUCUUCUUCCAAAAGAUAUUCGUCACUCGGCCGUGGAAGGCGUUGUUUGUUAAUUCUGAUGAUGAUAUACAUCAAUGGUGGCUACGGUGGAAACAAGACAGAUACUCCAUGACGUACGGAAUAAUCUUCGCUGUGGCGUAUCUGGUGGCGCAGCGAUACAACUUACUCGAUGACAACAACCAUAGCAAUCUGUUCACCCCCGGCGUCUCGCUUACAGCCACACUCCUCGCCUUCAUCGGCAUCGGCAGCUACGUAACCUACACAUUCUUCUGCACCAACAUCUUCGACUGCAACGAGAUCCACUCCUACGUCGCCUUCCUACCCAUCGUGAGUUACAUCAUACUUAGAAACGUCUCCGGCGCGUUGCGAACUAGGCAUUCUAGUCUAUUUGCCUGGUUCGGAACAAUUACUUUAGAAUUAUUUGCCAGUCAAUCACAUAUCUGGCUAGCGGCAGACACACAUGGGGUCUUAGUUUUAGUCCCAAGCGCACCUAUAUUAAAUUUGAUUAUAACGUCAUAUAUUUUUAUAUGUGCGGCGCAUGAGAUACAUAGAUUGACAGGGAUUAUUUUGCCAUACGCGGUCCCUGAUGAUUGGAAGCUUGUUUUAAGAAAUUUCGCUAUUUUUCUAGCGAUUCUAGUCCCUAUAGGUAUACAUGAUGGUAUGUUUUAAAUUUGGUAUAGGUAAGUUAAUGAAUGUUUAAAAAGGGAUACUGUGGGUGGAUCAACUAUUUCUUGUUGUUAUCCUGUCCCGUCAGCCAGGGGA